AAAUCAUAAACCACAACUCUGAAAGCCGAAAUCUUCAAAUAAAACCACUUGGCAUUAGCCUUCUCAUUAGGCAUGAAGGUAUAGGCCUCAUACUAUUUGUCAAUUGUUUUGCAGCUCCUGUGGUAAUCUAGCAUUUCAGUGUCGGCUACUAAAAUAAAUUCCUACUACUCUUUUUUUUUUUAAUAUUGAUUAAGAAAAAAAAGUAGACUACUUUCAACUUUAGUUUACUUAAGACUUAAAUUUAAGUAAGAAGUCUAAGUCAAGUUUAAGUAGAUACUUUGAUAACAAAAUUAAAACUUUAAAAAAAAAUAAACCAAUGACAUAGUUGAAUAGAGCUAAUUUUUAAAAGAAUUAUAACACCAAAAUCAUAUUUUUAGCUGGUUGUAGUUUUAAAGUUAUGAAUUUUUAAAGUACGACUUAAUUUGUCCUUUUUUAACAUGGACCGCAUCUCCACAUUCUGUGACCCAAUUCCGCUGUUCGCGUCACGAGCUAUAUAACUCUUGUUUUAAUGAUAAUUUUAUUUUCAGAACUAAUGCUGUAUUAAAAAAAUAAGUUUAAUAAUGUUAACAAUUAUAGAUAAAUUGUAGCUUAUCUAACUAUGCAUUAUUUCUAUCAGUAAAUUUAAUAUAACGUAUUAAUAUAUUUAAUGGCUUUUCUGUUUACCAAAUCUAAGACGUCCAUUAUACCAAUAUUUGCUAUAUAGUCUAUAUAAGGCAACUCAUGCCCUAAUUACGAAAAUACUGUUUGGGAACUAUUGAACUUUCAACUUUGUUACAUGACUAAUUAAUUCAAGCUUUCCCUGACCUAGUUGAAUAGUUUUUGCACACGGCAAACUUUUAUGAAUGAAAUCUCUGAGAUAGUAGUAAAUAAUAGCCCUUAUGCAAGUCACUGUGAAUGGCUGCCAUGACAUUUUGCACACAGCGAAUUUUGAUCAUGUAUAAUAUGGACUCUACCGGGUUUUUUAACCUCAAAUUAAAAUAUUAUUCUUUCAAUAACAUUUAAAUUCAUUCUAAAACAUAAGUUAUCAAAUAUUUUGAUGUAAAUAGUGGAAAUAAUUAAAUAUUUCCUAAGUAACGGCGUCUUCCGCCACUGAAAGGGGGCGUGGCCACUUCCUUAUCGAAAUUGGGCUGAGCUACAUUACCAUAUAGGGGUUCACUCAAGUGAGCAUAACAAGUGAUCGACAUGUCCUAACUCAAUGAGAAUUGACACAAAUACACAUCGAUAGAUAAUACAGAAUAAGACUUUUUUUUAAAGACAUAAAAGUUGAACUUCUAUACGAAUUUUAUAGUGAAAGAUGCCUUAUAUUUACAGGGGAAUCUCAAAAUACAGGUCGAUUGAAAAUUUUUUAAAAAAGCAAUGUAAAUGUAGGCCAACAUGUCUACCUAAUUAUAAGGCCGGAAACGGAACUCAAAUAUAUAUAGAAAGCACUCAUUUAAUAAUAAAUAGACACACACAUCGGAAAAUUAAAAACUCGGAUUUUUCGGCGCCGAUUGCCAUUUCCGAUACACAAAAAGUAGUAGCCUCCCUUGGUUUACCGAAGUAUCUAAGUUUAAGAUUUAAGAUUAAUGACUGAGAGCGACUAAGGCAAGGGGGUAAGGUGACUUAAGGUCGAUAUUAAUAUUUAAAAUUACUGAAUUCUAAAAUUUAAAAUUUUGGGCUUGGUAACAUGAUGGUGAUGGUUUCCUUUUUUUUUUAAAUUGUCAUGUGUUAUUUAUAUUCAUUAUUUUAAUUUAUCAUGCUAGAAGUUAGAGUACUCUGUAAGUUAUUAAGAUGCCAAACCCUAAUCAAUUAUCGGAUGAUUGGAUGAGACAUGUUUUGCUGGUCUGCCAUGUGUCAGGCUUUAAAUAUCUUUUAAAAUUUUGACAUUUUACCAACACUAGAGCAUGUAAUAUUAUUUUACAGCUGAAACGCUUUAUUCUUGUUGCUUCAUUUUUUUUAAUGUAUUCUUAAUCGAUGUAUUUCAGUUAAAUGUCUGAUAAAAACUAUUGUUGAUUUGAUUAAGAGCGACUAAUGGAAGCAGAGGAUUCAUCAAAUGUUGGUUGUGCCCCCUGCUACUGCAGCAGGGAUGAACUGAACUGGGAACAAGUCUUACAUUAUAAAUGUCUUGCUUGUGGUAAAAGGGUACACUAUGGUGAGCGUCCCUGAUAUAAAAAAAAAAUGAUAUCAUAGGGGACAUAAUAACUACAUGUGAAACAAUCUAAGGGAAGUUAAACUGUAGAGUUUUGAUGGCAUAAGGACAAGUCUUACAAGGGAUGCACCCAAAGGGCUUGGUUUCAAAGUUGGAAAGGGUGGUUCAGGGGCAGCUUAUAUUAUAUUUAUUUUCAAAUUACAUUGCUUGAGAACCAUUUUUCAUCAGGGCCUUUUAUGAUUGGCAUCUGUUGCAACACCUUGCCAGUAAUCUCUUAUUCCAAUUAGUCUAAGCCAAUAGGGGUGAAGAUAUCUAAGUUCCCACUAAUUCUGUUAAUGCCUAAAAGGGGUAUAAAAUGAACUAUUGUGUCACUUAAGGGCAUCACUGACUGCUCUAUUGUUGAAUAUUUACAGUGGUAUUUUUCUCUAUCAGUAAAGGAUCUCCUAUGAGAACUAUUGUUUCAAUUCAAACUACAGGUUGCAUUCACAGCUUACAGCCAUCAUCUCUUCUUGAUGACACAUUUUUCACUUUUAAGUGUCAGUCCUGUGGUGAUGAAGGAAAGGAAGAAUUCCAGCGAAGCAAUAUAUCAUGGUAAGCAGACAAAUAAUAAUGUCUUGGUAAGUAGACAAGUAAUAUGUAAUGGUAAGGAGACAAGUAAUACUGACGCUGUACUUUCAGGCACAAUGUUGUGAUGUUGACGCUGUACAACCUUCAGAAGAUGGGCCAAGGCAGAUGUGGGUAUUUUCAUUGGAAAGGUCACAUUUGUGCAUUUAUUGAGGCACACUGGACUAUGUUCUUUGGACAUCAGAGGUUUGUGUAUAUCAGAGCUUUGUGUACCUCUUCAUUUUGUGUAAAAUAACUUGUAGCUUCACAUGAUGCAAAUAAUGGCUAUAAUUCUUUUGAAUGUCUUCAUUAAAUCUAUUACAUCAAUAGGUCUGUAGUUAAUAUGAAAGUCUUCAUUAAAUCUAGUACAUCAAUAGGUCUGUAGUUAAUAUGAAAGUCUUCAUUAUAUCUAGUACAUCAAUAGCAAAUAUUCUGUAAUUAAUUUAAUGUCUUCAUUAAAUCUAUUACAUCAAUAGCAAAUAGUCUGUAAUUCAUUGAAUGUCUUCAUUAAAUCUAUUAUUUCAAUAGCAAAUAGUCUGUAAUUAUUUUAAUAUCUUCAUUAAAUCUAUUGAAUUAUUAGCAAAUAGUCUAUAAUUCAUUGAAUGUCUUCACCAGGAAAAAGACGACCCUCUGGAUGGGAACUAUUGCAGGAACUUUGUCUUCAGGCUGCCCACAGUUUUUUACUUCUGGUACAAAGGUUGUAGAUCAAGGCUACUGGAAGCUGGCGGCCCUUGAUCCACCAAUGCCACGCCCAGAAAGUAAUGCAGAGAUCUUACAUUAGUCAAAAUAAAAGAAAAUUCAAAUUUUAAAUGAUUUCUAUCAUUAAACAUGAUGUCUAUUAUUUAACAUGAUUUCUAUAAUUUGGACAUGAUUUCUGUAAUUUGGACACAAUUCUUAUAAUUUGGACAUGAAUUUUAUAAUUUGAACAUGAUUUUUAUAAUUUGAACAUGAUUUCUCAAAAGACUGUUUGAUUUAAUUCCCUGACACAGAGAAGAGAAACAAUAGCAAGAAAAAGAUUUCAAUUGAAGCUCAAUUAGAACUGACACCAGAGAACAGAACGUGCAGAAGGGUGCGGGAAAAUGCUCUUGCAGCUGCCAUACAGCUGAAGGAAAAGAAAUCUUUCCUCAAGGUGUGGAUCAUUUGAACCUUUUUUUGUUGUUGUCAUUUUUAUAAAUAAUGGACCUUUAAAAAAGUGUGGAGUUCAAAGUGUUAGAUAUGUGUAACAGCUGGCAUGAACAAGAUUAUUGAAUAUUUGCUGUCUCACACUCGUGCUGUCUCAUAUGUGCUGUCUUACAUUGCAGAAUAAUAAGGACAUGAAGAAACAAAAACGUUUGGAGACAGAGGAAAAAUUGACCACCCUUCGAGAAGCAUCCGACCUCUUUGCGGACCAGACUGACAAGCCAAAGAAGAAAAAGAAUCAGAGCAGAUCAGCUGACAGUCCCACAAACUUUGAUCUGACCUGCUCGGCAGAGAGCUGUGCACCGACCUACCUAUCUGAUCAAGACAGCAACAGUUUAGCCUCAUCAGACCUGUCGCUGGCCACCUCAUCCUCUUUAUCUUCAUCGUUGAAAAGUUCCAUGAAGGACUCUCAAGUAAUUCAAUGGGAUAAUGGUAAGUGUCUCAAUCCAUGUAUGACAGGUUUUCUUGAUUGGAAUUUCAAUUCUUUUACAUGUUCUUACGUCGUAAUCACACCGAAUGGAACACACAUCCCUUUUCCAAUUGCAAUGUCAAUUUUAAUCCAGAACAAUGUACAUCAGGCUGUACAAUGAAUCAAACACAUGUAUAACGCAGCUCGCUAUAAACAGCAGAAUAUGAUGCAACCUUCAUUCACGAAGUUCUCUCACAACUGCCAAAUGAAAUGCAUGUUCCACAAAGGCAGACUAUGGACACUAAGUCACAAUUGCAAUAAAAAUCUGUCACCAACUUAUGGCGGUGGAAAGCAUUUAUUACCUAAAUACCCAUGCUUGAUUGUAAGUAAAGCCAUCUUAUUAGAGACAUGGGCAUGUCAAUGACUUAACUCUGUGUAGGCCAAUGUUUUUUUUUUUUAAUUAUUUUUUUAGGUCACUUCACAUAAUGAGAUAUCAUGCAAAGAGUAGCUAAUUAAUACCCAUCAUGUUGUGUAUUUAAUUGUUCACAAAUGAAUGGGGAUUCAAGUUUUAUAAAAAGUGCUUGAAAAAUGAUUGUGUGUUUUCAAUCAUGAUUGAAGUGUGAAAAUGAUUUUAACAUUUUAACAAUAUUUUUAUUACACAAACAACAUUGUGAGAAAGAGAAAAAAAAUAUAGAAGAAAUACUUUAAUUAAGAUAUAUUGGGGGUCAUCCAUAAAAGACGUCCACACAAAAGGGGGGAGGGGGGGUUCAGCAAAAAGUGGACUAAAGUGGACAAAAGGGGGGGGGGGAGGGGGUUUAGGACAAAGUGGAUGUCCACAUUGUAGUGUUUUUUUGAGUGCAGCGGUUUUGCAUAAAUUUACUGCUAAAAACUUCUAGUUUAAUGACAAAAGAGUUGGGAUGAAAACCCAAACAAAUCUUUCACAAACUGAGUGGUUAAAUUUAGAAACGAUUUUUUCAAUAUUAAUAAUUAAUAUGCUUGAAUAUUAUUUUAAAAAUAUGUUGUUAAAGUUUGAUUUGUCAAAUACAAUAAAAUCUCAAAUAACAGUUUUGUUUAAUUCUUAGAGUUUUUCCAGAAAAUCUUUAAUGAUUUUUAUUUUGUGUUGGGGUUAAAAAUGACUGGAAUAUUUGAAUUUGACUUUAUUUUUUAUUAAAAAAUUAGAUAUAGGACAACAAAUUAUUUUCCUAAAAAAUGUAAAAAUAUAUUUAAAUUUAAAAAUACAAUCUUAAUCUAAAAAACAAAUUUCAGUUUAUGCUGCAUGUAUUAUCAAGGAUGGUCGUGUGACCUAUUCCGGACCAACAUCCAUAUCAAUAAGGAGUGGUAAACAUGAUUCCAGUACUGCUGCAUCACAUGUUGCAGAUUUUGAUGUACUUGUCUCUCUUGAUAUUUUCAAGAAUGUGGCAUGUACAAAUGGUGGACUAGUAAAGCCUAUAGCAAUUAUUACCGUUGACGGAGGCCCAUACGAGAACCCACGUUAUCCAAAAACAUUGAAUGCUGCGUAUAAAUUGUUUACCAAGCACAAUCUUGAUGCUUUCUUUAUAGCGUGUAAUGCUCCGGGUCACAGUGCCUACAAUGCGGUAGAACGACGAAUGGCCCCUUUGUCUCAUGACCUGUCAGGCCUCAUUCUUCCCCAUGAUCAUUUUGGAUCCCACUUGGACGCAAAUGGUAAAACUAUAGACCAAAACUUUGAAAAAGCAAACUUUAAAAAGGCAGGGGAAAUACUCGCUGAAGUUAGGGGUCAGGCUGUCAUUGAUGGCUAUAAUGUGCACGCACAGUAUGUUGAACCAAGCAGCACAAGCACAAAUCUUCCGUCUCCCUCUGUGAAUUGGUGUUGGAAUCAUGUGCAACAGUCUCAAUAUUCUCUGCAGAUCAUCAAAUGUAAUGAUGUAACAUGCUGUGGAGCAAGACGAACCAACUGUAAUGAACUAUUUCCCAAACGCUUCAUUCCAGCUCCGGUACCUUUUAUUAGUCAUGAAGCAGGCGUCAUGGCUGCAGCUAUUGGUAGUAGUAGUGGUACUUAUGGAUCACUGUUCCAGAGGCUUGCACUGAUUGGUCUGGAGCCCGAUCACAGUUACAGUAGCAUGCCUUUUGAUCUCUAUUGUCCAUCGGUGGCUGGGAGAAUUUCCAAGAGAAUAUGUUUCUGCGGUAAAUAUUUCCCAUCACAGGCGGCAAUGAAAAAACAUAAGGUCGUCCAUUGCAAUAUUCCUGCUAGUGAGCAUAAUAUGGCAGACGAAUCAGAUGAAGAGACUGCCACUCAAAUUGAAUUAGCAAUUGAAGACUCAAGAACAAAUGUUGUCAUUAUACGAAACAUGUUUGAAUGGCUGCAGUCAGAAUUUUCCGUUGAUUGAAGAAUGGUGGAUUAUUUGUUUAUACAUCUUUUAAUACAGUGAUUCAUUAAAUCUUUUUGAACAGUUAUUAUUUCAUUUAGAAUUUUGCCUGCAAAUAAUUGGAAUUUCUAAAAAAAAUCUUUGUAAAUAUAUACUCUUUAUAUUGUUGUACAUUUUCCCAAAUUAUUCAUUAAUUUAAGUUCGGUAAAUUUUAUGUUUUGGACGUCCACAACGGGGGGGGGGGGUUCAAGUCAAAAGUGGACAAAUGGGGAGGGGGGGGGUAAAAAAUAGCAAAAAAUUGGUGGACGUCGUUUAUGGAUGGCCCCUUGGUGUUUAAUUCUGAAAUAAAAUACAAAUUUUUUUUAAAAAGAAUCUAUAAAUAUGACAGGUUUUUUUUUACAUUUUUUGUGAAAGAUGCGUAAAAAGUGUUUUUGCAACCAUAUGCCCCACUGUCGUUGUCAGAGCUUGUGGGACCAUCAUAACCAUAUGCCCCACUGCCCUUGUCAGAGCUUGUGGGACCAUUGUAAUCUUAUGUUCCACUGCCCCUGUCUGAGAUUUACUGCUGUGAUAAGUUGAUUUUAGUUUUGUUAAAUAUGUCCCAUUUCAUGCCAGAUGAUUUUCUAAGUGGUAUAGAAGUGGACAUUGAUGGUCAUGAAGAUCUGGACAUCGACAUAGGAUCACUAGACGUGCGACCUUCCUCUCCAAAUCUCGUUGAUAUCUUCGACUUGAGAUCAGGUACUUCAUUGGACAAAAUUUUCUCACAAUCGAUACUUUUUUUCUGACACAUUUGCCAUCAAAAACAUUUUCUGACUUAUUCGCAAUCAAAACCUUUUCGGACCCAUUCACAAUCAUCUCACACUCUAGCAUUCAGCUCCUCCUUCACAGGUGCACGUCUUUAGUACACAAACUUUUUGUUACUGAAGAAUUAUUUUCUUAUAACUUAUAGAGACCAUUUCAACGAUAAACCCCACACACCAAACACAUUUGCAAUGGUAUUAUAAAUAGAGAAUAUUACUGCACUGCUUUUAUAGUGUUAUUUAAGUUUUGCUUCAUGUUCCAUUUGUGUGGGAAUAAUUCUUUAUCUGGUGUAAUCAGACACAAACUGUUUCGAGAUGUCCGGCAAGGCUCCCAUCACCGAGCAGGUGCCUCCCGUUGAGCCGAAGAAAGAGGUCACGUCGGACACCGAGUCUGAGGGACCCAGUGAGAAUAACAUUGAUGAGGCCGAAAGCUCUGACAGCCAAGACGACGGUGACGCCGGCGACUCUGAAAGUGGGAAGAGUGACAGAAUAAAAAAAGAAGUUGACUCUCCGAUGUCGCCGGGUGACGACUACAUGUCGGCCAAGAGCCAAGCUAAAGGAAGACCUCGUAAACGGAGGAGGAUUGAUGACUCACUUCCUCCUAGUCCUCCGCCCAGGUAGUCAGAGUGAUAAGUUAAAGUAACCUAUGCCGUUUAUUGAUUAUUUGAAAUAUUAUAAAAUUGUGUUGUCUGUUGUUAACUAGUUGAAAUAUUAUAUUCUUAUCCUGUUUAUCGUUUACUAGAUUAAAGAGAAUCAGCGUUUUUGAGGAAGGAGAACUUCUUCAAAAAUUGAAUAUUUUAGCUUCAAAGGAAACACUUAGAACUGACCUAGCACAACUUAGACGGAAGCUCAUCUGUAACCAGGUGGGUUAGAUUUUGUGGCCAUUCUCAGACAGGACUGACCUAGCACGACUUAAGACAGAAGCUCAUCUGUAACCAGGUGGGUUAGAUUUUGUGGCCAUUCUCAGACAGAACUGACCUAGCAUGACUUAAGACAGAAGCUCAUCUGUAACCAGGUAGGUUAGAUUUUGUGGCCAUUCUCAGACAGAGCUGACCUAGCACGACUUAAGAUAGAAGCUCAUCUGUAACCAGGUGGGUUAGAAUAUGUGGCCAUUGUCAGACAGAACUGACCUAGCACGACUUAAGACAGAAGCUCAUCUGUAACCAGGUGGGUUAGAUUUUGUGGCCAUUCUCAGACAGACUGACCUAGCACGACUUAAGACAGAAGCUCAUCUGUAACCAGGUGGGUUAGAUUUUGUGGCCAUUGUCACAGGGAACUGACCUAGCAUGACUUAGACGUAAGCUAUCUGUAACCAGGUGGGUUAGAAUAUGUGGCCAUUGUCAGACAGAACUGACGUACGACGACUUAAGACAGAAGCUCAUCUGUAACCAGGUGGGUUAGAUUUUGUGUCCAUUCUCAGACAGAACUGACCUAGCACGACUUAAGACAGAAGCUCAUCUGUAACCAGGUGGGUUAGAUUUUGUGUCCAUUCUCAGACAGAACUGACCUAGCACGACUUAAGACAGAAGCUCAUCUGUAACCAGGUGGGUUAGAUUUUGUGGCCAUUGUCACACGGAACUGACCUAGCACGACUUAGACGUAAGCUACCUGUAACCAGGUGGGUUAGAAUAUGUGGCCAUUGUCAGACAGAACUGACCUAGCACAACUUAAGACAGAAGCUCAUCUGUCACCAGGUGAGUUAGAUUAUGUGGCCAUUAUUUACACAAGUGUGUCAUGUGAUGUUUCAAUGAUCCCCUGAUAUUUUUUAAUUACUUUGAUUGAUCACAGCCAUGGUAGAAUUAAUAUUAAAAGAAUAGUAUUUGACUCAUACCAUGCACUGCUGAGCAUCUCCCAUCACACUAAAUAUGACGUUAAAGAAAUACUUUCCCACAAUUUUGAGAGUCUUCAUUUUGGUCUAAAGUAUAUUUAAUUCAAUUUGCAUGAUCUGUUUAGACAAACCGUGAAUUUGGACUGCCUGUAUUUGACCUUGAAGUUCAAAUGAAUCAGCUGGAAAACAUGGAAAGCUCAACUUUGGUAAGUUUUUGAACAAGUUUUGAUCUCAUUUCUUUAGCAUGGCUCAUGGCUCAUGAUGGGAUUGAGUUGAUCCUAUAGAACAGUAGUUCUCAAAGUAGGUGCUGGAAUAGCCUGGGGUUGGGGGGGGGGGGUGACUGAAAGGGUAUGGAUAUUUUGGAGGGUGCCGGGACACAGAAAGGGGACCACUGGAAUGUGAUAAGCUUAUAAUUAAUAUUAUUUUUUUUUUUUUAAAUGAUCAACUCUUAGUUUGUCAGCAUCAAAUUGGACUUUAAAUUAGAGUCCAUGAUGAACAGGCGCUUAAAUGUGUCUAUUUAAAUCUCACAUCAGGCCAAAACAAAAUGUUCUUUGGUCCAACUUCCAAAUGGAGGCCCCCAGCGGGCUUCAACACUUCAUUUGAUGCAGAUCUAAACUCUGUGAGCUUACAACACUUAGUACCCGGAUUCAGGGGUCCCCACACAGUCGGGAAAACAGGAAAUAGUCUGGAAUUGAUUGAGUAAUUUUCCCGGUCGUGAAAUCCAGGAAAAUGGGCCUUCUAGUAAGGAAGAUUUCCAGAUAGUCGGGAGUUUUUAAAUUUGUAUAAAAAAUAAUGAUAAAUUUGUCUUAUUUUAGAAUAAAUAUUGAUGGUUUGGGUGUAUCAUAUGAUGCAACUGGAUAAGCUUACAUAACAGAAGUCAACAGAGUUUGGAUAACAACUGGAUGAGCUUACGUAGCAGAAGUCAACAGAGUAUAGAUAACAACUGGAUGAGCUUACGUAGCAGAAGUCAACAGAGUUUAGAUAACAACUGGAUGAGCUGACAUAACAGAAGUCAACAGAGUUUAGAUAACAACUGGAUGAGCUGACAUAACAGAAGUCAACAGAGUUUAGAUAACAACUGGAUGAGCUGACAUAACAGAAGUCAACAGAGAUUGGAUAACAAUUGGAUGAGCUGACAAAACAGAAGUCAAAAGAGUUUGGAUAACAACUGGAUGAGCUGACACCAACUCAUCUUCAAAAGAAAGUCAUUUUUAAAAGUUAUUUUCCUUUUUUUUUAACUACAUGAAAAAUUUACAAACUGCCAUCACUGUACCAGGUCUCACUGUCACUGUCCUAGUGUCUCAUUUGUAUUUACUUAGUUUACAUGUUUUAAUAAUUGUAAAGCGCUUAGAGCUUUAUGAUAAGCGCUAUAUAAAAAUGCCUAAAUAAAUAAAUAAAUAAUAUUAACUAGAGAAAAGUUGAUAUUUCUAAAAGGGCUGCCGUACUAUGGCCAUAAUCAGGCCUCACUGUCACAUAUUAACUAGAGAAAAGUUAAUAUUUCUAAAAGGGCUGCCGUACUAUGGCCAUUAUCAGGCCUCAUUGUCACAUAUUAACUAGAGAAAAGUUGAUAUUUCUAAAAGGGCUGCCGUACUAUGGCCAUUAUCAGGCCUCACUGUCACAUAUUAACUAGAGAAAAGUUGAUAUUUCUAAAAGGGCUGCAGUACUAUGGCCAUUAUCAGGCCUCACUGUCACAUAUUAACUAGAGAAAAGUUGAUAUUUCUAAAAGGGCUGCAGUACUAUGGCCAUUAUCAGGCCUCACUGUCACAUAUUAACUAGAGAAAAGUUGAUAUUUCUAAAAGGGCUGCAGUACUAUAGCCAUUAUCAGGGCUCAUUGUCACAUAUUAACUAGAGAAAAGUUGAUAUUUCUAAAAGGGCUGCCGUACUAUGGCCAUUAUCAGGCCUCAUUGUCACAUAUUAACUAGAGAAAAGUUGAUAUUUCUAAAAGGGCUGCCGUACUAUGGCCAUUAUCAGGCCUCACUGUCACAUAUUAACUAGAGAAAAGUUGAUAUUUCUAAAAGGGCUGCCGUACUAUGGCCAUUAUCAGGCCUCACUGUCACAUAUUAACUAGAGAAAAGUUGAUAUUUCUAAAAGGGCUGCAGUACUAUGGCCAUUAUCAGGCCUCACUGUCACAUAUUAACUAGAGAAAAGUUGAUAUUUCUAAAAGGGCUGCCGUACUAUGGCCAUUAUCAGGACUCAUUGUCACAUAUUAACUAGAGAAAAGUUGAUAUUUCUAAAAGGGCUGCCGUACUAUGGCCAUUAUCAGGACUCAUUGUCACAUAUUAACUAGAGAAAAGUUGAUAUUUCUAAAAGGGCUGCCGUACUAUGGCCAUUAUCAGGCCUCACUGUCACAUAUUAACUAGAGAAAAGUUGAUAUUUCUAAAAGGGCUGCGGUACUAUGGCCCUUAUCAGGGCUCAUUGUCACAUAAUAACUAGAGAAAAGUUGAUAUUUCUAAAAGGGCUGCCGUACUAUGGCCAUUAUCAGGACUCAUUGUCACAUAUGAACCAGAGAAAGUUGAUAUUUCUAAAAGGGCUGCCGUACUAUGGCCAUUAUCAGGGCUCAUUGUCACAUAUUAACUAGAGAAAAGUUGAUAUUUCUAAAAGGGCUGCGGUACUAUGGCCCUUAUCAGGGCUCAUUGUCACAUAAUAACUAGAGAAAAGUUGAUAUUUCUAAAAGGGCUGCCGUACUAUGGCCAUUAUCAGGACUCAUUGUCACAUAUGAACCAGAGAAAGUUGAUAUUUCUAAAAGGGCUGCCGUACUAUGGCCAUUAUCAGGGCUCAUUGUCACAUAUUAACUAGAGAAAAGUUGAUAUUUCUAAAAGGGCUGCGGUACUAUGGCCCUUAUCAGGCCUCAUUGUCACAUAUUAACUAGAGAAAAGUUGAUAUUUCUAAAAGGGCUGCCGUACUAUGGCCAUUAUCAGGACUCAUUGUCACAUAUUAACUAGAGAAAAGUUGAUAUUUCUAAAAGGGCUGCCGUACUAUGGCCAUUAUCAGGCCUCACUGUCACAUAUUAACUAGAGAAAAGUUGAUAUUUCUAAAAGGGCUGCGGUACUAUGGCCCUUAUCAGGGCUCAUUGUCACAUAAUAACUAGAGAAAAGUUGAUAUUUCUAAAAGGGCUGCCGUACUAUGGCCAUUAUCAGGGCUCAUUGUCACAUAUUAACUAGAGAAAAGUUGAUAUUUCUAAAAGGGCUGCCGUACUAUGGCCAUUAUCAGGCCUCAUUGUCACAUAUUAACUAGAGAAAAGUUGAUAUUUCUAAAAGGGCUGCCUUUCCAUGGCCAUUAUCAGGGCUCAUUGUCACACAUUAACUAGAGAAAAGUUGAUGUUUUUAAAGGUACCAUUGCCAUUAAUGAGAUUAUUAUCAUUUUUUUUGUUAAAGUAAAAACAAAAUUGUCGUAGUAUUUUCAUAAAAUAUCAUGUAUGUCACAUUUACAUAAGAUUGUGAAAAUAUCUUCAAAUGACGAUGGUGCAACGUAUUAUUUUGAUUUAGCUUCAAAUCUUGUCAGACGAGGGCACUCGGGAUGAGUUUAUGAAUGGCCACAAGGGGAGGAUGCUCGGAAAAUUUUGAGAACCAAUGUUACUGCUAUAGAACAUGGUCACAUAAUGAGAUUGAGUUGAUCUUAUAGAACAUGGACACAUAAUGAGACUGUGCUGAUCUUAUAGAGCGUGGUCACAUGACCAGAGAUUUAUUUGAUCUGAUAGAGCAUUGUCACAAAUGUGAUGAUAAGCUGCUGGUCUAACAUUAUCUUAACCAACUGUUUUUAUGUCCCAGGCAAUUGUAGAGUUUGUGAACUGUGUCCAGUAUUUAUGACAGAAUGAGUGUGUGAAUUGGAUGAUUCUGUCUAAUCUAAUCUGUUUAAUUUUAUCAUUCUAUCUUAUUCUAAUGCAAUCUGUUUAAUUGUAUAAUUCUAUCUAAUUCUAAUGCAAUCUGUCUCAACCUUGUUUCAUUUUCAUUGACUUACUUUUAUUUUCAUACAGUCAAAAAACCACAAAACAUUUUUUCCAAAACUGAAGUCAUCCGAGAUUAAAGAAACUAGAGAUCUGGAUAGAUUUAUGGUAAGACUGAGCUGUCUGGUACUUUAAUCUGGAUAGAUUUAUGGUAAAACUGAGCCGUCUGGUACUUUAAUCUGGAUAGAUUUAUGGUAAGACUGAGCCGUCGGGUACUUUAAUCUGUAUAGAUUUAUGGUAAGACUGAGCUGUCUGGUACUUUAAUCUGGAUAGAUUUAUGGUGAGACUGAGCUACCUGGUACUCACUCUGGGUAAUUUUUAUGAUAAGACUCAGCUACCUGUGCAUGCUGAUAGUGUUUACCUGUACUUUUUUUAAUGUUCAUUUUUUUCUAUUUGUGCGACCGUACAGGAAUCUGUUCCUUUUUUUUUUUUACAGGAUCCAAACAUUUUUUACAGGAUUUAAACAUUUUGUACAGGAUUUAGACAUAUUUAUUCAAACGUACAAAAAGGGCCGUGCUAUAAAUUCAAAAGGGAACUUGAAACCUAUUAGUCUGUUCAAAUUGACCUUUGGCCUAAAGUUUGGAAUUGGGAGACCAUCGAAAAAUAGAAUAUGAGGGAGGUAUAUCACUGACCUUUAUCUAUCUCCACAAUAAUCAUUGAUACCAUUUGGUCAAAGACAGUGCUGUACUUUGAGUGUUAAACCAUUAGUACGACACAUAUUGCUUUCUGUAAUUUGUAGCAAGAACUGCAGUGUCAGUACCUUGAGUGAGUGUUCUUUUAAUUUCUGUUAAAUAAUUGAAUAUAUUUAGCAUCAUUAAGAAUGAAUAGCUUUAGUCCUUAUGCCUAUUCAUUACCAGGACAUUACUUCCUUUUACGUGUUAGGCCAAAUAAUAAAUUUAAAAAAUGCAUUUCUCACUGAUCUGAUUUAAAUAACUUAUACUGGUACAACAAAGUAGAUUGCAACAGCUUUAGAUUUAGAAAACUGUUGCAAUCUUCUCUGCUGUAUAAGUAUAUGUUAUUUAAAUCUGUGAGAAAUGCAUUUUUAUUUAUUAUUUUACUCCAGCUGGAUAGUUCCAAUUAAAUGAGGGAAGGAAAAAUGUUUUGUAAAGAAAGUUGUAAUUAGACACACACCUGUGGUGGGGUGGGGGGGGGGGGGGGGUUUGGGGGGGGGGGGGGGGGGGGGGGGGGGGGGGGGAGUUUCUUGGUGAGUCGCUGACUGAAUACCUUGGAUUGAUUGAGACUUAAUCAGUGGUAUCAUUGCAGGCAUUUGGCCCAAAAAAUAGACUGUCAAGUGCUUGCUUCAGACUUCAGGCUCUUACGACUUGAAUGCAUAAAAACUUAUUUUAAGACAAAUAGUUUCAGGAAACAAAACUUUAAGCCAGUGAAAGGAAACUCUGUCUCGAGACGUUAUCUUCUCAGCCCCAUCAUGUCCAUAAUGUAUAGAAACACAAACCGAUUGACUUAAUCUGGAAACGAGCACCACUAGUUUAUUAUUGUGCCAAAUUAACAAAGCCAGGCAUUUUUAACAAGGCAAUUCAAAGUGGCUUCAUUUAAAACAUUUACUAUGAAAUUUUUGAGUGAUUUUACUCUUUUUUUUUUUUAUACUUUUCAUUUUCUUCAUGUUGUUGUGCAUGAUUUGGAGGGGGGGGGGGAUUUUUGGGUCACAUUUUUGAUGAUACAAGUUGGCAAGUAUGGAAUUUGUUGAGGUUCUGAUCCCAUGGGUUGGGGUAUAUGGAGUUACCUGAUAAUUAAACAUCUAUAGUAAUUUUUGAGUUAUUUUAUUUUUUUUUUUUUUUAUACUUUUCAUUUUCUUCAUGUUGUUGUGAAUGAUUUGGAGGGGGGGGGGGAUUUUUCGGUCACAUUUUUGAUGAUACAAGUUGGCAAGUAUGGAAUUUGUUGAGGUUCUGAUCCCAUGGGUUGGUGUAUAUGGAGUUACCUGAUAAUUAAACAUCUAUAGAGUCAUGUUCUUUCAAGAUCUAUCUAUAGAGUCAUGUUCUUUUAAGAUCUAUCUAUAGAGUCAUGUUCUUUGAAGAUCUAUCUAUAGAGUCAUGUUCUUUGAAGAUCUAUGUAUAGAGUCAUGUUCUUUGAAGAUCUAUCUAUAGAGUCAUGUUCUUUGAAGAUCUAUGUAUAGAGUCAUGUUCUUUCAAGAUCUAUCUAUAGAGUCAUGUUCUUUUAAGAUCUAUCUAUAGUCAUGUUCUUUUAAGAUCUAUCUAUAGAGUCAUGUUCUUUUAAGAUCUAUCUAUAGAGUCAUGUUCUUUCAAGAUCUAUCUAUAGAGUCAUGUUCUUUUAAGAUCUAUCAAUUGAAAACAUGAAAGAAAGAAGCCAUUCGGUUAAUUUGAUGUUUACGGUUUCAGAUGCACGUCAAUGACAAGAAAGCAGAGUCUCGGAAUUACACAAGUUUCCGACAGCGGCUUGUUGGUAUGGAAGAUCAUGAAUUGAAGCCAGUGGUUAGUCCCUAUACCACUAGGUAAGUGGUUAGUUAGUGCCUAUAUCACUAGGUAAGUGGUUAGUGAGUGCCUAUAUCACUAGGUAAGUGGUUAGUUAGUGCCUAUAUCACUAGGUAAGUGGUUAGUUAGUCCCUAUACUACUAGGUAAGUUGUUAGUUAGCCUCCAUGCCAUUAAUAAAGUGGUAAGUAAUUUCAAGACAUACAGCACCAUAUGCCAUGUCACAGCACCAUACGCCAUGUCACAGCACCAUAUGCCAUGUCACAGCACCAAAACACCACUAACAAUUCACUGUUCCUAAAUACUUUCAACUUUUACCUAAACCCAUGAAGCUGAACAUGCCACACUCUCAGUCCAUUCCCAGAGCCACACUCUCAGUCCAUUCCCAGAGCCACACUCUCAGUCCAUUCCCAGAAUUGUCAAUGUUCCAUAUACUGACCCAGACACCCAGAAAAAUUUAUGCUUCACUAUAUCAUUUCUUCAAAUUUAUUCAGAGUCCUGCUUCCUUUCAUUUGGCGCAAUUGCAAUCCACAACUAAGGCCAGUCAAGAUGAAACUCCUACAGGAAAUUAUAGCAUAUCCACACAGGUAAAUCGUACAAUUGUGACAUUGCUUCAGCUAAACUAUUGUGACAAUACUCCCGGUAAACUGUUGAAUAGUUCAAUCGCCAGGCAUACAUUAUUAGCACUUUUCUAACUUUCUUGUGUUUUGAAUGUUAUUCCAAAAUGUGUUGUCCACAGAAAGGAUUCGUCUUGGACAGCACCCAGCCCCCCUCCCAUUGACUACUGCUAUGUUAGACCAGAACACAUCCCAUCGGUGAACGCUUUGUGCAGAGAGUUCUUCUGGCCUGGGAUUGACAGUGAGUUAUUAAAAUAGCAUCAAGUGAUCAUAAGCUUGGUGUUUCUAUGAAACUCUAUAUUCUUCUUUUACCUGUACUUUAAAUGAUUGUUUUUGUCUUUCUCCCUAUUUACACUGGAGUUCCAAACAUUUUUUAAGUGAAACCAAAACUCCUCUUGUAUUCUAGCCUUGAUAUCUGCCUCUGAUCACCCAACCUUACUAACCAUUAAUAGUAUUAACCGCUAACCUCCUAGACAGGUGAAAUCAUCCACUGCUCCUAAUGCUUUCCCUCUUAUCGCUACAACUCCUGUGCUAUUUCGCAAACACCGUCUGGGAUGAUUGUCUACCUUAUUUUCCAGUUAAUGCAUAAUGGCUGUGUUGCUUAGGGUUGAAAUGGCUAGAAAGACUUUGAGAUUGUAUGCUUGUAAUUAGUUUUUGAAGUGUUGUGUUUGUUUUAAAUGUGGUAAAUUAUAGAUUUGUUUUUUGUUGACUUUGUACAGCGCUUCGAGCCUUUGGGGAUGAAGCGUGUUUUUGAAAUGAACUUUAUUAUUAUUAUUAUUUGAAUCUAUUCUCCUAACUUUAGUUUUGUUUUCAGUUACUGCAAGUCUGAUCUGUCAGGAAGCGUUGCAGUUGCGUCUUUUAUUUGUUUACCAUACAAUUGUUAACAUCAAGUCAUUGUUAGCUUAUCUAUUUGUUGAAUACAUAGAUUGAAUUUUGUAUUGCCAACAUGCAAGGCAUCACUGCAACCUGUUAGUCAUUACCAACAACCUGCUAGGCAUUACCACCAACUAGCUAUAGUCAUCACCACCAACCUGCUAGGCAUUACCCCCAACCUGCUACAACCUGCUAGGAAAAACCAACAACCUGCUAGGCAUUACUAAAUACCUGCUAGGCAUUACCAUUUGCCAUAUCACUUAUCAUUAAAUAAAAAAUCUCUCCUAAACUGGUUGCAUCUAUUUAAAUUAAUUGCUUGAGCCACACAUGAGUCAGAACACACAUAGCCUUUAACUGCUAGGACUGCCUGAAGUCUUGGUGAGACAAUGCAUUAGAUCCAUAACACAUAGCUUUUAACAUUGGUAGGACUGUCUUAAGUCUUGGUGAGACAAUGCAUUAGAACCAUAACACAUAGCUAACAUUGGUAAGACUGCCUGAAGUCUUGGUGAGACAAUGCACAAUUAUUCAUUGUAAGUUAUGUUAGAAAGUAGUUCUACCAACGAUCAGGUAAAAAAAUAAGACAACAUACUGACAUAUUACUACCGGUACUGAAAUAUCACUGCCAAAAUAUCAAACUGACAUAUUAUUCAAUUCACUGAUGACAUAUCACAGACUGGAAUAUGACGACCAACAUAUCACAGACUGGAAUAUGACGACAAACAUAUCACAGACUGGAAUAUGACUACAAACUUAUCACAGACUGGAAUAUGACUACCAACAUAUCACAAACUGACAAUUGACUGCUGACAAAGCACAUAUUGCGGUGUUAUCAACAUGUCACUGACUUGACGUUUAUUAAUUUGUAUUUCAGUGUCUGAAUGUCUGCAGUAUCCAGACUUUAGUUGUGUUGUUUUGUACAGGUCAGUCCUAACAUACCUUUAUAACCUAAAUAGGUACUACUUUAGUGAUAUACAGGUCAGAUCUAACUUAUAGAUAGGUAAUACCCAGUACUUUAGUUAUAUACAGGUCAGAUCUAACUUAUAGAUAGGUAAUACCCAGUACUUUAGUGAUAUACAGGUCAGAUCUAACUUAUAGAUAGGUAAUACCCAGUACUUUAGUGAUAUACAGGUCAGAUCUAACUUAUAGAUAGGUAAUACCCAGUACUUUAGUUAUAUACAGGUCAGAUCUAACUUAUCUAUAUAAACUAAAUAGGUAAAUACUUUAGUUAUAAACAGGUCAGACCUAACAUAUCUUUAUAACCUAAAUAGGUAAUACUUUAGUUAUUAACAGGUCAGACUUAACAUAUAUAGCUUAUUUCAUUUACUUUCUUUUUCAAUAGUUAUCUGGUUUACUGUUUGGGAUGCAGUUUUUUCAAGUUUUUUGUUUUGUUAAUGAUGUAUUAUUUUUUUAUGUUAAAAAUGUAUUAUUCUUUGCAGAAAAAUUGUAAUUGCAUUUGCUUUCAUGGUGCCUGAUCGUGGCUAUAAUGAAGCUUAUAUCUCUUUUAUCUUUACCCAUCCUGAGUGGAGGGGGGCGGGCAUUGCAACAUUUAUGCUAUACCACCUUAUUCAGGUUUGUUGUUUAUUUGGUGUAUCACUUUGAAUUUCUAGUCUUCAUUUUUCAAUACCUUUAUUAUUAUUACAUCUAAAAGGUCAGAGGGUAGAUGAAUAUUGAAGUGAAAUUAUCACCCACGGAAAUAGAAUUGAAUGAAUAUUGACAUCCCACUGCAGAAUUUAGAGCAUCAUAUUGUUCUAAUGAUUUCAUGGUACUGCAAACUUUCAAAAUUAAUUUUUUUUGUCUUAGCACUGCAGACUUAUAAAUGAAUAUUUUGUCUGUGUUUUUCAGACUUGUAUGGGUAAAGAUGUCCUCCUCCAUGUAUCAACAACUAACCCUGCCAUGCUGUUGUAUCAGAAGUUUGGAUUCAAAUGCCAGGAACUCAUCCUCAACUUUUACCACAAAUAUUUCCCACUUAACUGUAAAGAUUCCAGGCAUGCAUUUCUAAUGCGUCUGAGCAGGUGACACAUACGAUUGAUGUUUGGAGCUUAUUGCAAUAAAAAUAUAAAAAA